UUUUGCGUUACAAGCGUUCGUUUUAAGAACAAACUAUUUUCUUAUGGAAUUUCAAACGUUAUUAUACAAUGUAUAAGUCAUGCUGUUACAAAAUAUGGAUUUGAAGUAGUGUUGCUAGCAGUAAUGAUAAUUAAAAACUUUAAAACGAAAGAUUACAUGAAAAGUGUGAGAAGAAAAAGGGUUAUACCUAGUGCGCAUCGGACAUACGCAAGAAACUGUAGUGUAUAUACGUUGAACGCUUAUUUCAAUCUCUUUUGUAGAGCAUCAUUUAUCAAAAUGGAUGAUAAAGAUCCAACAAGUGUUAUCAAAAUGAUAAAGGAUCUACGGUCAGGAUCUGAAGCAUUCCGUAAAAGUAGCACUAGCUUCUCCUUGCGAUUAUCAGGAACCACAUUCCCAUCUUUAGGAGAUCAUGAUGCAUCACCUGUUACACCUAAGAAGAGAAAACUUGAUGAUUCCAACACCUCCAUUUUAAAUAAAAGCGAUACUGAUGUUCCAUGUAGUCCAUGGGAAUGGAGGAGAUUAAAGGGAGAGGUUGUAUCAUUAAGAACAAGGCUGUCUCAUCAGGAGGCAGCUGUACAAAAGCUACACAAAAUACGCAGAGAAAUAGAGGACGUUUUCGAGAAGGAGAAAGGUAUUUUAGAGAUGCAAGCAGAGGAGGAUAAGAGAACUAUCAAACAAUUGGAAGUACGACUCGAUAUCGCGCGCAGAACGAUUCAGGAUGCACGCGAUGCGCAAGCUGCUGCGGAAAAAGAACUGUUUCAGGUGAAGACAAGCUUGGAGCAGAAGACUAUGACGUUAAUGAACGAAAAUUCGAAACUGUUAGGCGAUAUCAACCAUCCUCCCGCAGAGGACAAUCCACCAACGAUGAAAGAAGUUCCUGAUACAUCGUACACGGACCAGAGAUUCGAAGCAGCGCAGACACGAAUAGCACAGCUAGAAGAAAAGUUGAAGGAGUGUCGGACCAAGCAGCAAGAAUUAGAAUUGCAAAACGUAGAGCUUCAAAAUACGAAAAUAAAAGUUGAGCGACUGGAAUCGGAACGUGCUCUGUGGGAGGAAGGGAAGAUGUUAACCGCGAGAGCAGCGAGAGCAAACGAGCUUGAGAAAGAGCUCCACGCGGCGAAGGAGACCAUUAACGCGUUGAGGGAAUCCGUACGAGGAAAAUUACUUUUAGAGGAACAAAUGUCCAGUGUAACGAAAAGGUUAGAGCAUACCGAGCGAGUAGAACAGCAAGUCGCUACGCUGGAGGCGAAGAAAGCAGAACUGGCGUCGCGUUUAGCUGAAUACGAGUCUAUUGGAAUCACUGGCGGACCACAGGGUCUGAAACGAGAACUAAAUCGACUGCAACAAGCCGAAUUGGUCUUGAAAGCGGAAGAAGGACAGCUCAGAUCAAAAUUAGACGCCACGACAAGGGAAUCACAGCGUUUAUCAAAGAAUUACGAGGAGAUAAAAAAAUUGGCUACCGAUGUAACAGUUUCUAAGGAGAAAUUAAACAAACUAGUGAGUAGGUUACAAAAGAAAAUGAUGCUUGUAACGAGAGAAAGGGACAGCUAUAGGCAGCAACUGGACUUAUACGAGAAGGAGAUAACGGUGGACAGCAACAACGCGGUAAUCGAAAGAAUUCCUGCAUUGGAACGUACUAUAGACGCCUACCGGGAAUUAGUCGCCAAAUUAGAAUCCGAUCUCCAAGCAGCCGAGGGUACCUAUCAAACGGACGAGUGUAAUAAAUUGAGGCAGGAAAUCAAUCAGUUGAAGGGCGAGCUAGAGCAUCGAGCGUUAAAAGGCGAUUUCAACUGCAACGCGAGGGUAUUGCAUUUCACGAUGAAUCCCGCUGCUAUUGCUGAGCAACAAGCAGAAGAGAAACAUAAGGCGCUGUUACGCGAAGUGGAAGAACUAAGAGCCAAGGUGGCGCAAGGUGGCGCCAGCACAACCUCGUCCGUCCUUCAAACGCAAGAAAUAGCGGAACUUAAACAAACGCACGAGAUCAAGAUCGCCCGUUUGAAGGAGGCGUUUAAAGCGUCGUCGCAGGAGUAUCGCCAAGCUUGCUACCAGUUGUUUGGCUGGAGAGUCGACAGAACCAAAGAGGGUCGAUACAAAUUGUAUAGCCAGUACGCGGAGUCAUCGGAGGACUUCUUGUUCUUCCACAUCGGAGAGGAUGGCGUGGAUCUUUUGGAAACCGCCUUUUCCGCGACGCUUGUGCCGUUGGUUGAACAAUACUUGCAACGACAACACAGCGUUCCUAUGUUCCUCAACGCUGUGCAAACGGAUUUGUUCAAUCAACAAACAAUAGCGAACGUUAUUUGCUGAUCGUUGUAACUAUUUAUCGAUGAUGCAUCACUUUAUACACGUGUAACGACAAUAUUCCUUUUAACCCCUCAUCGUAUCAAUUUUGAUAUUAUUUUUUGACGAUCGAUAUACUUCCGAAUGAAUUAGUGUCACAGGUAAACAAUGGCUGAAUCUAUAAAGCUCUUAGGUGUCCUCGUGAGAGAACGUGAAUUUCGUAAUAUUUUUUUCCAUUGAACCUUUACAACGAUUUUGUUUAUUGUGUUCUUGAUGCGGAAAGGCGGAAUCAUUAGAGAAUUGGUUCAUUAGGUUAACGUGUUUUUUAGUGCUCCUCGUAAUCAAUAAACGGCCAUACUGUUUUUUA